UAUCAAGUGAGGCAUCAUCCGGGUUCUGGUUAGCCUGCAAAAUGGCGACAGAAGGUCUUAGAGUCGAAAAUCCUGAAUCAGUUGAAGCUCUCACUCGUGAAGCAGAAGCCCUAAAGGCAAAACUUGCGGAAGAAAAGGCAAAAUUGAACGAUGUAGACAUGUGUGAUGCCAGCAAAAAGAUUGAACUACUGCAGCAACUAAACAUCAAACCACGACGAGUGCUAAAAGGCCACCAGGGGAAAGUGCUUUGUAUGGAUUGGUCAUCAGACAAACGACACAUCGUCAGCUCCUCACAGGAUGGCAAAAUGCUUAUUUGGGAUGCAUUUACAACUAAUAAGGAACAUGCAGUCACUAUGCCAACAACAUGGGUAAUGGCCUGUUCCUACGGACCUUCUGGGAGUGUUGUGGCUUGUGGAGGACUAGAUAACAAAUGUACCAUCUAUCCACUUAGUAUGGAUGAAGACCCAGCCACCAAGAAGAAAGCUGUUGCUACACAUACCAGCUACCUCUCUUGUUGCUCUUUUACAUGCUCAGACCAUCAGAUACUUACAGGCAGUGGAGACAGCACAUGUGCACUGUGGGAUGUUGAAAGCAGUCAGCUAAUACAAAGUUUUCAUGGUCAUGCUGGUGAUGUCAUGAGUAUUGACCUUUCACCCACUGAAACUGGAAACAUUUUCUUGUCAGGGGGCUGUGAUAAAGUGGCCAUGGUGUGGGAUAUGAGGACUGGGGAGUGUGUGCAGAUGUUUGAAGGCCACGAAUCUGAUAUUAACUGCGUAAGAUUUUACCCCAGUGGAGAUGCCUUUGCCACAGGUUCAGAUGAUGCUACGUGUCGACUGUUUGAUCUGCGUGCUGAUCGAGAAGUCAAUUGUUAUCGAAAGGAGAGCAUAAUUUUUGGUUGCAAUGCUGUGGAUUUCUCUGUUAGUGGACGCUUGCUGUUUGGGGGCUACAAUGAUUACACUGUCAACAUAUGGGAUGCCUUAAAGGGCACUCGAGCUACUAUUCUUUAUGGGCAUGACAAUCGAGUGAGCUGCCUGAGAAUUUCUCCAGAUGGCACCUCUCUGUGCACUGGAAGCUGGGACUAUACAUUGAGAGUAUGGGCAUGAGGAAGCAAGAGGACUGGAGGAAAUGAUGUGAACUUCCAUGCAGGCAUCUGACAUUUGCAUGAAGGGAAAACAUUCACACACUGUAGUUUGUAACACAGGAGAGCUCAUGCCCUUGCUGUUUAAAAAACUUCAGAUACAAUGGUCAGCGUAGAAGUCACAGGCAGUGAAUGUCAUAGAUUGUUAUCAGAAUAUGUUCCCACAGAUAAAGACAGUGGAGAAAGGGCAGUAAGUGUCCUGGGGCAAAGUUUGUUAACCUGCCAGUCAUUUUUUUUUUUUGAAGAGUGACUCUUGGCUGCUUAUAUGCAUGUCCUUGUGGUCUCUUAACAAGCUGAUGCACAAUAUUUGAGUUAGGUAUUUGGGACUUGAGUUUUGUUUGUUUGUUUUAUGCAUUUAGUGCCAUGUCCAUUGAAUAUUUUCUGUGUAUGUGAUGACUCAGGGUAGCAUCAAGCAUCUGUAUCUAUUUUCACAGACAAUCAAGUUUUGAUUUGUACAAUUGUCUCUUGCUCUUAUGAAAACAGUACAUCACUCAAAAUAGUAAAGUGCCCCCAAAUUGUAUCCACAUAGCUGAUCUGUUGGAGCAUGUAGCAUUUCAUAACUUCUACUUAAAUCUGUGCUCAGACAUUUUUUUGUCAAAACAUAGUUGGUAAUGGUAUAUGUGCAGGCAGUUCUUUCCACUCCCACUCCAUACUGGGCAAAGUUAAAUGUUACAUCUUUUUCACUAAAUAACAUUACCGUGCUUAAAAAACUUGCACUAGAGGGGCAAUAUAAGAGAUGAGCAACCCUUUUUAUAGUAUGACCUCUGAAUAUUCUUAGGUAAUGGAUCUUUUCAAAUGAAGAUGUGCACAUCAUUCCAUAAAUAAGGAGAUUGUGGUGUUUGGGGUCUUUGUUGUUGUUUAACUCUACAGUGUCCACGAACAUUGAUAUAGUGCAAGAAACAUGACCUUACUACUUGGUGCAUUGUGGAAUACAGCCAUCAUUUUUUUUUUUUUUUUUGCUAUUAUAUCUUGUAUGUGAAAUUACAGCCCGCAGUCCCAUUCUUUUUCAGCUAUCUGAUAUAUAUUUUUUUAACACAACUCCAGGUAUUGCAAAAAGGGAGAUAAUAUCAUAGUUUAGUUUAUUCCUUGUUGCUCCUCUGAGGAGCAUAGGGCCGCAACAACACCUCACGAGCCUGUUAGGUGAAUGGGACACUUCUCAUCAUAUUGCAGUUUCAACAUUAUAAGAAUAAUAAUGGUCUCAAAACAAAGAGUUCAUUGGUUUUUUUUCAAGGUGAAUGGUGUCAGCAUAGAUGUAGUCACUACAUGUCAGGGAGGUCACAUCAACACAGUGGCAGCGGAGAAAAUAGAUGAAGUAAUUGUCUCAUGACUUUUUGUGUUUUACUCUCGGUGUAGCCUAAAGCAGACAAAAGCCUUUUUUUAACUCUACUCUCAUAAUACUCUUUCAUAAUGUUUUGUUGUUUUAGACCUGUGCCCACCCUUUUUAUUUAAAUUUUGUUUACUAUGUGUUGUCCAUGUUUAGAGUUUAAUCUCUUUGGACUGUUAAUGAUAUUAUUAUUCUUUUAUACCAUUGCAGUAUUUAUUUUAUUUGUAAAACUGUUUAAUAUAUUUGAAUUAUAUGAUCUGCACAUAUAUUAUUUUGUGUCACAUUACACAAAAAGAAUUGCUUUGUAAUUUGAUUUAUAAAGUUAUGAAGACAAGAAAGCAUCUGGUCAAAGUGUUGAUUUGAAAUCUGUCAAACUUGCUAAUACCAUUAAUUUAAAUAUCUUUUUUCACUUUAAAUGUCAUGUGUAAACAUUUCUGGCUUUUUCAUCCCUGCAUAUUUGAUUAAGAGGCAGGUUUGCACAGAGAUGUAAAGUCUAGAAAAUUUUGGGAGGGCAGCACAGUGCAUGUGAGCAAUUUCCACAAAUGAAAAAUGAAAGUCACUCAAAAAAGAAACUGCUGGAACAAAUUUCUUUUUGACUAUAGAAUAUUCUUCAACAUUUUAUUCAAAAAAGAUGGAACUGAAAUACAGUGAGACCUGUAAUGUGUAAAACCUUUGACCAGUGACUUCUCCCAUCUUGGCACACUUGGUUUGCACAGUUUGGUUUUGAAGAGAAAACAAUCUCUUAUCAGUAAACAUCUAAAUGUGAUCAAGUAGAGAGAUUUUUAGGCUAAAAUUCCUUUGCUUUUCAGAAGGCAGAGAGUUUUCUAGCAAUAUUGAUUGUGAAAUAGUGGAAUACUUAUUUUUGUCACUUGGUAUAGCCAGAAAAACAAAAUUGUUGCGGAUAUCCUACAUGCAUGAAUUUGUUGUAAGUUUUCAUAUGUCACAACUUGUAUUUUAAAAUGAAGUAGACGAUAAGUGUAGUCAUUUUAUUAAACAAAAUUAAGUCUUAUUUAUAAUGUCUUAUGAAAGAAUGUCAAAAUUAAUACAAGUUAGCAUGAAAUUGUGGUUGCAAGAUUCAGAUUUUUAAUGUAUCGUUCUGCAAUGACCUUCCCAACUUUUUUCUGAUAUCCUUUCCCAUCUUAAAGUCUAACAAAUAUGAAAGUGGUUUUGGAAAAAGUGCAAUAUUCUUUGGUGAUACCUGUAUGAAUUCUGAAGAGGUUUUGCCAUAAAAAAAGGAGAAGACAAAAAAGCAGGUUCAUUUUUGUGUUAAGGUUUAUUUCUGUGUUAUGAGUUUGGAUUUGUUUCCUUUGGUAUGUGCCAUGUGCUGUCAGGGUGGAGAACUGACAUUCUGUACAUAAGGCUAGUAGAUUUUACAUUAAUACUUUCAAAGAUUUUGUUCUGCUGUCAGUCAACUAUUUUCAUUUUCCAUACAGAAAUUAGUGUUAAGUCUAAAUGAUCUAAAAUAAAUGUUAUUUGGCUGUGAUACAAUGCUUGAUGCUACUUUUCAGAAGAUGAAAAAAAAAAAAAACCGAUGGCAAUCUGCAUUCAAGUGGGUCUUACUAUGCUAAGGUACUACAGAAUAUCAAGAGGAAUCAAAUUUUGCAACUUCUACCUAUAGUUUAAAAAAAAAGAAAAGUUUGUUAAAUAGUAACAUCAAUGUGAUUAACUACAGAUGUAGUAGCAGUCUAUGUUUGUCAUUUUAUUAUGGACAUUUUUGUUUGAAAUGACCAGCAAAAUAUCAUUACCACUUUUUAUGUUGUUAAGAGGUAUGUUUCGAAACUGCCAUGAUGAGUGUUCAAACUUUUGUUGGUCAGCACUUCCUACACCAUGGAUUUUACUCACUGCCAAACAUUUAAGAACAGCAUAAGGACAAUGAAUGUUAUUUGUUUGUAGUUUGUGAUAUUUAAAAAGCAGCUAGGAAAGUUGUUUUGUUGCAUUUUUAAGUAGCUUUCCUAGCACACCAACAUGUCAGAAUCUUCUUGAACAAAGUAAUACAACCUGUGUAGAAUUGUUGAUGAAUUAUACUUGUUUCACAACACAUGCAUUCUAGUAUUUGUAUCUUCAGUGUCAUUAUUUUAGACAGCCUUUCUGUGAUGUUAUAUCCAACAAUGUGCAUAUUUUUCUUUUCUAUUUUCAUGAUGAUGGUAGCAUCCUGUCAAGAGUAAUAAAUUGACAAAUGGUGGUGCAUAGUGUGAUAAUGUUGCUCUGUAAAAUUCCAUUAGGUAGCCACUAAUAUGUAUAGAUUUACUACAGAACAACUGAAAUCUUUCUUGCCUAAAUCCUCAAAGAAUGUAAUGAUUAGGAAUUUAGCCAGAUAUCCUUCUGAAUGGGAAAGUAAAGGAUAAAUAAAAAUGGCACUAAAUUGGAUAUUGAUGUUCUAAUUCUUUUCUUCUCAAAAUGUCUAGUCACUGAAAAAUUGUUUACUGGCAAUCACAUUUAAACCUUUCUUAAUGAUGUCCAACAAAAUAUGAAAUUUCACAUGACAUUUUGUUCUCUAUUGCAUUUUACAGAUCAAUCUGGAUUUCAAGUGUAUCAUAUUUUAAACAGUGUAGCUGCUUUUGCUUGAUCACUGAUAAUAAUUGUUAGUGAUUUAUGCAGUUCUACUGGAAUGCAGAUAUUGUUAUGCAGCUGUGGAAGUAACACUUUGAAAUUAUCACUCUUUUCUAAUAAGAUUAAAAACUACGAACUUUCAAGCAGGAGAACUCAUUAUUUUUGUUCUAUUAAAUAUAUUUUUGUUUAGUUCUAAUGUACUAUUUUAUGAAUAGUAUAAAUCAUGGUUUUAGGAUGUAGAUCUGAAUCUUAGGGUUCUGCCUCUAAUAUUGUUUUGUGAAGAGUGCAUGUAGCAUCAACAUCCAGUCCUAGUAGUUUCUUGCAACAGUGUUUCCACUUUUUCCAGGGUGUAUUUUGAUCCAGAAUCACAUGGCACAAUCCCUUGGUGCUUAGGUGUGAUUCUGAGGAAGCAAUUCUUUGAGUGGAAAAAUUCAUAACAUCCACAUUUUUUUUAUUUAUAUUCAGCUUGUUUGUCUGGCCCUUGAGAAGACUUUCAAAAAUAUUGUUUGAUCUUAAUUCUGAUACAUUUUGCCUGAAACAUUAUGCAAAGUGUUCUAGUCUCUAGACUAAAGGUAUGUAAACUAUUCUUUUAUCCUUUUUUGUCUUGUUCAUCCAGUGCAAGAGUGAAAGGAAAGCCAUUUGUCUGCUGUUCAUCAUUUCUUCACUUGGAAAUUGUAUAGUUUGGUCUCAUUAUUAAGAAUCCAUUUGUAAUCAUGACAAAUGCUUCCUGCAUCUUACAUCUACCUGGCACUUUUGACAGCACUUUACAUAUAUUUCUGUGUUUUGUGCCAGCAUGUUAACUUUAAAAGUCACUUGGUUUUCAUUCUGAUAUACAGCCGUUGUCAGUUGAGAUUUAGUCACAUUUAUUAACCGUCUCAUUGAAAGAUAAUGUUAUUUAGUAUGUAAAAUUAUGAAAUGCAAUAAAAUGGGAAAAAAAUUG